CCUAAUGCAUUACUUAUAUAGCAGAAAUAAGUAGUCGGAAAAGUUUAAUAUCAGUGACAAAACAAACAUAAGUGUGUUACUGUACAAAAAUUUUGCUCUAAAGAAAAAUCUUGAAUUGUAUUAACAAUUUGACAAUUUAACUCAGCAUGGAAAGCAUACCUCAACAUUGCCCUGGUGUGGAUAGUAGUGCAGCAGGAAAAGCUGAAGCAUGUGCUGGAUGUCCAAAUCAAAAUAUAUGUUCCUCAUUAAAAAAUGAUGAACCUGACCCAGAUAUUGAAAUUAUUAAACAAAAGAUGUCUCUUGUGAAGCACAUUAUUCUCAUUCUUUCUGGAAAAGGAGGUGUUGGCAAAAGCUCUUUUACUUCUAUGUUGGCUCAAACAUUGGCUGAUGAUUUGGAGAAAAAUAUUGGCAUUAUGGAUAUAGAUUUAUGUGGUCCUUCAUUGCCUAGAAUGUUUGGAGUAGAAAAUGAACAGGUUCAUUUAAGUGGUUCUGGUUGGUCUCCUGUGUUUGUGGAUGAAAACCUAUGUAUUAUGUCCGUUGGGUUUUUGCUGUCAAGUCCUGAUGAAGCAGUGAUUUGGAGAGGACCAAAAAAGAAUGGUCUUAUUAAACAGUUUCUGAAGGAUGUUGAUUGGGGAGAUUUAGAUUAUUUACUGAUUGAUACUCCACCUGGCACUUCAGAUGAACAUUUAUCCAUUGUAAAAUAUCUUCAAGGAACAAACUUAAAUGGUGCAGUCAUUGUUACCACUCCACAGGAAGCUUCUCUUUUAGAUGUUCGUAAAGAAAUUAACUUUUGUCAAAAAGUUGAUCUGCCUAUUUUGGGAGUUGUAGAAAACAUGAGUAUAUUUGUUUGCCCCAAGUGCAAGGUUUCUAGUGAGAUUUUCCCUGCAACUACUGGUGGAGGCCAAAAAAUGGCUGAGGAAAUGAAUGUACCAUUUCUUGGAAAAAUUCCUUUAAAUUCUCAAAUAGGUAGAGGUUGUGAUGAAGGAAAAUUGUUCUUGAAGGAUUCAGAAUCAGUUACAAAAGAUAUUUUAAAUACUAUAGUUGAAAGUAUUAAGAAGAAUUUGAACAAAGAAAUGUAGGAACAAGCAAUUUGAACAAAGAAAGAACUUUUUACUUUUAUAAAUUUAUAAUUUGUUCAGUCAAGUGUCUCACAAUUUUUUCUUGGGUGCCUAAAAACUUACUCUGUUAUAAAUUGUCUGUGUAUUUUUCAGACCCACAAGUUUUAUGCUUUCUUUCAAAAUGUGUUUACUUUUUUGGUUUCAACCAGUAGAUUUUCACCAUAAGAAUUGAUAUAACUACCAUUUCUCAAUCUGUUGGACAAAGGAUUAUUUUUAUUCUCUGCGAUACAAAUAUAGUAUUGCAGCCAAACGAAAAUUGUCAUUCUAAGCACUUAUGGGUAGGAAAAGUUACUCGCUGUUCACUACUUUUUGGCAAAUUUGUGAGAGAGAAUAACUUUGUUCAAGAUGCCAGGCCAGUUUAAGUAACCAACACUAAUUGGGAUAAGAACAUGUUUUUAUUGUUUAUGUCAAAUAACCAACACAAAUAUAAUAAUAAAAAUAUUGUGUAUUCAAUUAAA